CCGAGAUGGUCGACCCGGAGGCAGUGAGGAGGAGAAACAUGGCUCUGGAGUAUGCGAGACAGGUACGGAAGCCUGCCCCGCCCCAGCAGGUCGCCGGGGGAGGUCCACCGAGGGAAGGCUCGCGACGGGGAGGAGGAAGAAGAGUGCGAAGGGCUUCCUCAGUCGCCGUGGCAACGCAGGAUCAACAAGCCAAACCAGUGAAACAUCGUCGGAGAGAAGGAGAUGUUCUGAGCGGCACGCCGGAGUUGAAGCGAUGCGAUCAGCUGCCAACGGUUUCAUCUCACGGUGAUAAACGCGUCAACAUCGAGCUCGCAAAGAUAGAGGAGCUACAGCGGCGCCAUCUACGGGAGAAACAAACCCUCAGUAAGAUACACAGCAUGUGCUAAUUUCUCGAGUCUUACGACUGACUGCGAGUCAGUAUAGCUUUCAGUGAAUGCGUGUAGUGAA